AUGGGUUUGCUCAGUAGAUACUAUUUUGGCACCCUGAUUCUCCUUGCACUCACGUUCUUCGUUCUCAUCAUAGAGGUGACUGUGGAUCAAAAUCCUAAGCCCUCAUCCGUGUCGAACUCAACUUCUCCGACAUCAACCUCAUCUUCAUCAUCCACCACAACGCCCACAGACCCGCCCAUCUAUUUAUCUAUAUCAUCAACACCACCCGACCCACUAGGUGUAUCCAAAGUCAGCGGUUUCUAUGGGCCAGGAGCAUGGGCGGCAUGGAUGCUCUGGAUUGUCGGUUCCUGGUACCGCGCGUUCACGGGAAAGCGGUCCAAAUUAGAUCCCAAUACGCUCAGCUUCGUUAUCGCCACUAAUUACGCUGCUCUUGAUCUCAUGCGUCGAGUUCAGCAAGUACGGCAAUCUGUGCACGUAGAAGGCCACCCUGAGGACGACAUCAUGGCCCAAUACGGUGCGGCGAUGACGAUAGUGUGGCAGGGAACUGCGCAUAUACUGCUCCAAUCGAUUGUUUUUGGUGUAUUUCACGAUGGACCACGCCCAUUCAAGUUUUGGAUGUUGAGCGGCGGCCUAAUGAUUCCGUUGCUAUCUCAAGCCCUAGCUUCGGUGGCUUCGAUGCAAUUCAGUACCCUGGACGACAGAACGCCUGCCAUGUUUUGGAACGGGAUGGGCUCUGCAAAACAUGACUUUCUGCUUUUCGUCAACUGGCUUUGGGUUCCGGUUUUCAUUCUCGUCUUACUACUCGCCGGCAUUCUUCUCUAUCGCCUCUGCGUCGGGUCUGCAGUAUUUCGCUCUUUUGACUGGCAGCGGAUCUGGGUGCUUUUUUACAGCUUCUAUCCGGCCGUAGUUCUCACUGCUUUCACGGUAUUCAUGUCGUCUCUCUGCGUCCUCCUGGAGAUUGAAAAUCCCAGCGUAGUCGCCUUCGACAUAAUCAUGUGGAUCUGCUUUGUCCCAGUAAUACCGGUGGGAGCGAUUCUCGUAACUAUAAGCAUAGUUUUCAUUUUCCUUCCAUUCCAUGUUUUGGUCACAAUUUUGAAGUUCAUCUUCACGGGGGGGAAAUCAUUUCACAAGGCUUGUUUCUUUAUCCCCUGCGCUCCUCAGUCCAUUCUAGAAAUGGACCAGGCGUUUGCUCUUCUUGCUGGCGUUGUCAUGCUUGUUGGAAUCGAGAUCGCGCCUCCAAUCGUAAAAUCAUGGACGAAGAAGUGGCGCGAAAAAAGGCUUUUCGAGCAGGAAGUCAACAGACGCAUUGGACUCGGGGUCAACGAAAGGGAAAGGGUCAACUCUGGCUUCGAAAUGACGAGCACUAGCCGUACAAACUCGGAGCUAGAGAGGCUGAGUCAAAGAACCAAUUCCGGUGUCAUUGGAGAAGUUGUAUGA